AUGAGCCCGCUACGCCGCGUUUUUCAUCAUGGCCCGAAACCCAUCUCCGUGACGGAGUUUCGGGACGCCGUCGAGGCGGUUUGCACCCCCCGAUUUCCUUCCGCACGACAUGCGCGACCACGCGGUAUUGCACUUGCCGUCAGCGGUGGCGUCGAUUCCAUGGCAAUGGCCUACCUUUUCUCGACCCUCCUCAAGACUUGGCGCGGUAUUCGAAUCGCCGACAAUCCGGCCGAAGGCGCGUUCGCCAUCAUAAUAGACCACAAACUACGUCCGGAAAGCACGCAGGAAGCUUCAAGUGUUGCCCGAGAACUCAAGAAUAUGGGCCUCAAGGCUGUCGUCAAGCCCCUGAACUGGGGAAAGGCGGCUGGGCAAGGACAAGAUCCCGGCGCCCUACCCAACAUCGAAAGCGUCGCGAGGAGGCUGCGCUAUCGUAUGCUCGGCGCCACCUGUCGUUUCCUCAACACCACAAGCCUCUUCUUUGCCCACCACCGAGAUGAUCAGUACGAGACCGUCUUGAUGCGCCACCUGAGCGGCCAUUCGUAUCGCGGCCACCAGGGGAUUCGCGAGGCCAACGCGAUACCCGAGUGCUACGAUAUGCAUGGGGUCUACAGGAGCGGGUUGCUCGACGAUCAGACGCACAAAACCCCCUUCCUGAGCUUCAAGCCGCCAAAUCAACAACUGAGACGCCUUCGAUGGAUCAUGAAGCACGAGUUUGACGCUCAGCCGUGGGACAAGCUCCGCUCGUUUCUCGGCACCUCCGACAUGUCGGGUCACUUUGCCCGUCACGUUUUGCGACAGGUGGACCCUCGAGUCCCGUACCUGACACCGCUCAACUGCGAGGAUGGCGGAAUCAUGGUGUAUCGACCCCUGCUUCGCUUCGACAAAGACCGGCUGAGGGCGACCUGCGAGGCCAACGGCAUCAAGUGGUUCGAGGAUCCAACCAAUGCCGACGCCACACUGACGCUCAGAAACAGUCUUCGCCACAUGGAUCCCAACGCGCAAGCGCCAGAGCACCGCAAAGAGGCCAUCCUCGCCAUGUCGAGAGAGGCCAAGCAAAGGAUCAGGCUAGAAGAAGCCGAGGCCCGGCGAUGGCUGCUGCGGGAAGCCGUCGUGCAGGAUUUCGACCCCAACGCCGGGACGCUGCUCGCCGAGCUGCCGUCGUUGUUCCCCUCGAAUGUGCAGCGGCGCAGACGUCGCUGCACCGAGGCGGGCAGAGAAGCCCGCAAGCCGCGUUACCGACUGAUGGCCGCCAUUGCUGUUCGCAAGCUUAUAGAAUUCGUCACGCCCGACACGCACCCGCCUUCCGUAGCCAACCUCGAAAACGUUGUUAACAGGCUGUUCCCGCAGCUCGGGCCGGAGCCGCAAGCGAGCUCCCCCAAGGCGUUCACCAUGGCGGGAGUGUUUUUUGACCCGAUAGUAACCCCUUCGUGCACAAAGUGGCUCCUGUCGCGGGCGCCGUAUCCGUCCAUGAAGCUUCUACCCGAACGGAAGCUCCUGGGCCGUCUGAGCUACCGCUUGCCCCCUCUGGCCGACCAGCCGGCGGAGCAGGCCACCAGCUCAAACCACCAUUGGCGGUCCUGGAAAACAGCCAAGCUCUGGGACGGAAGGUAUUGGGUCCGCGUGAGCGCGUGCGUGCCGGCCAGGUUCCACGUGCUGCCUUUCCUGCCCCAGCACGCGAAGCCGUUCCGAAGAGCGCUGGCUCCGAAGCAACGCGACCGGCUGGAGCAAGUACUCAAGCACUACGCCCCCGGCAAGAUUCGCUACUCUCUGCCCGCUCUUUACAGCGCGGAGGCGGGCAGCAGCGGCGAAGAGGGAACCCCUACGUUGAGGCUGCUCGCUCUUCCAAGCCUAGGAAUCCACGUGCCUGGGUUGGAGCGAUGGGUGAAAUACGAGGCACGGUAUAGGUGGGUGGAUGCAUCGCUGCUGGGCCUCGGGAGAAGAGGCACGCAACGGCCCGGCCUGGGAUAUGCGCGGUCAUGGACAAGGUCGAGGAGAGUGAGACGUCGGCGGCAAGCUGCACAUGGAGCCAGGAAGGCAGCACGGAACAGCUCCGGGUAA